AUGUCUUUGAAGCUUCCUCAGAACCCAAACGCGGGUCUUUUCAAGCAGGGCUACAAUUCGUAUUUGAACGCUGAUGGCCAGAUCAACAAGUCGAUUGCAGCGGUCAAGGAGAUCCAUCAGAUGUGUCUCACGUCUAUGGGACCUUGUGGUCGUAACAAGAUUAUUGUGAACCAUUUGGGGAAAAUUAUUGUGACUAACGAUGCAGCCACAAUGCUAAGAGAAUUGGACAUUGUUCACCCAGCGGUCAAGGUGCUGGUAAUGGCCACUGAGCAGCAAAAAAUCGAUAUGGGAGACGGUACAAAUUUGGUUCUCAUCUUAGCUGGUGAACUGCUGAAUGUAAGCGAAAAGUUGAUCGGGUUGGGUCUCUCUCCAAUUGAAAUCAUCCAGGGCUACAAUCUGGCCAAAAAUUUCACACUCAAAGAACUUGAUGCACUCUGCGUUGAAGAAGUGACUAAUAAACACAGCAAGGAAGAGCUUGUCAAGAUCAUGAAACCCGUUAUUUCGUCCAAACAGUAUGGCUCUGAAGAUAUUUUGAGUGAAUUGGUGGCAGAAGCUGUCUCGCACGUUUUACCUUCCAAGUCGAACAACUUCAACGUUGACUCCGUCAGAGUCGUCAAAAUAAUGGGUGGCUCGCUCGCCAAUUCCGAAGUGGUUAAAGGUAUGGUUUUCAACCGUGAGCCUGAAGGCCACGUUAAGUCUUUGGCCCCCGGCCAAAAGCACAAGGUCGCCGUAUUCACAUGCCCUAUUGAUACGUCAAACACAGAAACCAAGGGCACGGUGCUGCUGCAUAACGCGCAAGAAAUGCUAGAUUUCACAAAGGGUGAAGAAAAACAGCUUAAUGAGAUGAUUAAAGAGCUUGUGGAUGCAGGUGUCACCUGUGUGGUUGCUGGAAGCGGCCUAGACGAUUUAGCCUUGCAUUAUCUCAACAGAUACAACAUACUAGUACUAAAGGUGCCCAGUAAGUUUGAACUCAGAAGAAUAUGUCGCGUAUGCGGCGCCACGCCAAUGGCAAGAUUGGGAGCUCCUACACCCGAAGAAGCGGGUAUUGUAGAGACCGUUAAAACCAUAGAAAUUGGCGGUGACAGAGUCACCGUUUUCAGACAGGAAGACGAUGAAGUCACCAGAACAGCCACGAUCGUACUAAGAGGUGCCACUCAGAACAACUUAGAUGACAUCGAGAGAGCUAUCGAUGACGGCGUUUCUGCGGUAAAGGGACUUAUGAAACCAGAUGGGGGCAAGCUUUUGCCAGGUGCGGCAGCUACCGAAGUGGAACUGGUCUCUAGAAUCACACAGUAUGGUGAGCGUACACCUGGUCUUCUACAACUAGCCAUCAAACAGUUUGCUGUCGCCUUCGAAGUGGUUCCAAGAACCCUAGCAGAGACCGCAGGUUUAAAUGUCAACGAAGUUCUUCCAAAUCUAUAUGCUGCCCAUUCCAGUACAAAUGAAGACGGUAUGUUCUACGGUGUUGAUAUUGACGGUGAAAGUCCAGAGGGUAUCAAAGAUGUCAGACAAGAAGGAACUUUCGAUCUUCUGGCUGUCAAGAAAUUCGCGAUAAAUGUAGCCACCGAAGCAGCGACCACUGUUCUUUCCAUAGACCAGAUUAUCAUGGCUAAAAGAGCAGGUGGCCCACAGGUGCCAAAGGGACCAAAGCCUGGAAAUUGGGACCAAGCUGAUUGA